AUGACCACCACCCUCUCCUCCGAACCACCUCCGGUCACCUCCAGUCCCCGGAUUUCCUUCUCCGCCGACUUCCUCGACGAUGCAAACUUCAUCUGCAUUACACCACACGACAAAGAGAAAGAUAAAGAGAAAGAGAGAGAAAAGGAAAAAACAAGGAACGUCGGCGAGUUUGAGUUUCUCUCCGGUGAUACAAACACUCCGACGACAAUGCUGACGGCGGACCAGCUGUUCUUCGAAGGGAGGCUACUACCUUUCCGACAGAAGCAAUUUUGCGAGACGCUAGCGAAAAUCAACCUGAAAACGGAAGGGAAACCGGAAGAGGUGAAAGAAGAUAGUAGUAACAGUAACAGAAUGAGUUGGUUUAUCGAUGAAGAUCCGUCUCCGAGACCACCGAAAUGUACGGUUUUAUGGAAGGAGUUGUUACGGUUGAAGAAACAACGUCCGUCUUCUCUCUCGCCCUCUUCCUCUUCUUCUUCGUCUUCUUCGGCUUCCUCCAUUGAUGAUGAUUCGAAGAAAGAGAAACAUCAGUCAAGGAGGAGGGCGGAGCAACUCUCUGCCGCCUCUUUUUGCGCUGAGGAAAAGUGGAAGCGGAGUACUGGACAGCUUGUGCUUGGGUAA